CACAUCAUUAUUUGAUCAAGUAACCAUCAUCUUCACAUCCGCGGACAUCACAUGGAGCUUAAGGAACCCCCUUCUCAAACUAUUGAAAAGAUAACGUUUGAAUCAUAACUGCAUAGACGUCUGCUGAACGCAUACAAUAUGAAAUGACAUAUGACGUGGACGUUUUUACGAAAUAAAUUCUUCAAAAUGACACACUUUAUCAAUAUCUUGUGAUUAUGUCAGCAUUACUGUCAUUCUAUUGUGGCUAUCGUCAGAGCUGCAUCGUGGAAGAUCAGAAAGAUAAACGCAAACGUCAAAAUUCAAAAUCAUUUCUACAAUACAACUUGAAAAAUAUAAUUUUGUUGAUGUAAGACCCAAAGAGAUGAACAAAGCAAUCAUUUCAAUAACCGUCUUGGUGGGAUUGUUGCUGGCAAUCAAAGCAGUAGAGAUCGAUCUCUUGGACGACUUCAAAAUAAAUGAAAAUAUCGAGAACGUUGUCAGCACGGAAGGAUUGUUAUUCGAAGGAAGAGCGUUCACCUUUGGCGAGGUCAAGCAAAACUUAGUCAGUCGAGGAAAACUAGCCGCAGAAAUCGCGAAACAAACUAAGAUAUAUUCAGGUUAUACGAUAACUGCGAAUGUGAAAGUUCAAAAUGAGGAAAGCGCUUUGCUGUGGAUCGAGACCACUUAUACUCGACCGGUGCUUGGAGUUUGGGUUAAUUGCAACAACCUCGGGUGUAGUCUGACUAUGCUAUAUUUGGUGCACGGUCGAUCCUAUGAAGUGACGUUCAAGAACGUGGGACCAAUCAACGACAACGCGUGGCACAAACUUGUACUUCAUGUCACUGGCGUAAGGAGGAAGAAUAAUCCGAUACCAGAAGCUUCCGUGUAUGUGGACUGCGCACUGCAGGGGAAAGUAACGUUGAAACGAGGAUACACGAGUCUUCUGCCAUUCGCCAAAAAGAAACCCACCUCCGCGCAAAUAUGGUUUGCACAGAGGUCACGUGGCUACCGUGGAGGAUUUGAGAGACCAUGGAGGGGAAGUUUACAAAAUGUAAAGUUUGUAUUCAAUCGAGACAUUGAAUUGCUGACAGAUCAGACAGUGUGUUCUAAUUUGAGAGACAGCAGACGAAAGCAGUACUCGCCACCAUUUACAGAGACGGACACAGAUUCGAGGAAAGAAGACGACAAAGAAACAACUAUCAUCUCACGUCCCUCGUUUCAAGGAAUGGCGGCACAAUUUUCGCAGAUGGAGAUUAUGUUGAGCAAACAAAUGCUGGAGACGCAGUACUUGCGACGCAUCAUUGAAAAUCUUCAGUUUGCAGACAGCAGAGUGCCGUCGUGCAAAUUUGAACCGUGUUAUCCAGGGGUGACGUGCAUCGACACGCCGAACAAAAAACCAGGCUACACGUGCGGUCAAUGUCCCUUAGGAAUGGAAGGCGAUGGUACGAAUUGUACCGACAUCGACGAGUGUAAACUGAGUCCGUGUUUCAAUGGAGUUAAAUGCACCAACUCUAAGCAAGGCUACAAAUGUGACUCUUGUCCAAUUGGGUAUCGUGGUGGAGUAGUCAUGGGAGUUGGAUAUGAACAUGCCAGGACUAAACAGGUUUGCAGGGAUAUCAACGAAUGCCUAAUUCCCCAAAAGUGCGCGCAGUUCUCAAAGUGUAUCAACACCCUUGGCAGUUAUAGGUGCAGUGCUUGUGCGGAUGGAUAUUAUGGCAAUCCUUAUGUGAAGUGCAACGGAAUCAGAUAUUGCUCCGGUAAUGUCGGCUCGAACCCAUGUAACAAAAAUGCAUACUGCAUAAGCAAAUAUCAAGGAAGAUCCUUCGAGUGCUCGUGCAAAGUGGGUUAUGUUGGCGAUGGAUUGUUUUGUGGCAAAGACACUGACCUAGACGGUGUUCCAGACUAUGCACUUGCUUGCACUGGGCCACAUUGUGCAAAGGAUAACUGUCGAGACUAUCCCAAUCCAGAUCAAAGCGACAUUGAUGGAGACGGUUCGGGAGAUGCUUGUGAUAACGAUAUUGACGGAGAUGGAAUACCUAAUAGCAACGAUAACUGCCCGAGGGUACCGAACGGAGACCAGAAAGACUCUGACGGUGAUUCAGUUGGAGAUGCUUGUGAUAACUGUCCCCGAGCGCCAAAUGAAGACCAAACGGAUUCAGAUGGAGUAGGAAUGGGCGAUGCUUGUGAUCCUGAUAACGACAAUGAUGGAGUGAUAAACAGAAGGGACAAUUGCCCGUUCGUGAAGAACUCGGACCAAAGCGAUGUGGAUAAAGACAAUGUGGGUGAUAAAUGCGACAACUGUCCGCUGAAAUUCAAUCCUAAUCAGGAAGACGCGGACUACGAUUUCUUGGGAGAUGCCUGCGAUAAUGAUAUGGACAGAGAUCGCGAUGGAAUUCAAGAUUCUGUGGACAAUUGCCAGUACAUAGCAAAUGCCGCACAACUGGACAACGACUUCGACAAAAGAGGCGACUCGUGUGAUGCGGACGAUGAUAACGAUGGCAUAAUUGACAUCCACGACAACUGUCCACUGAUCGCAAACAGAUAUCAACGAUUGUCAAGAUCUCAUGGAAGAGGAAUUGAGUGCAAGUAUGACUACGAUGGUGACAGCGUGAAAGACAAAAUGGACGAGGGUCCACAAGAUGCAUCCAUGACCGCAGUCGAUUUCAGAAAGCACGUUCUGUUCCGCGUUGACGGCGUGGUAAGAAAUGACACAAACACUUGGAAAGUCGAACAAAAAGGACGCGAAGUUCGCAAAGUUGAAGGCACCAAUAACGACAUUCUUAUUGGUGACAAAAAAUUCGAGUCUGUCGAAUUCAACACAACCAUCUAUGUGGACGGCACAAGCUCCUCAGAGGCACAAAUGGGACUCGUCUUUGGAUUCCAAAAUGCCAAGCUCUUUUACCUUGUAAUGUGGGAAAAGUCGAAUAGCCACACGGGACUGGUGAUCAAGGAGGUGAAAUCAACAAGAGGAGGAUCUUCGGAGCUUUACAGUGCAUUGAGAAAUACAAACAAUGUCUACGGACAGACAAAUAUCUUGUGGAGAUCCUCUGACCAAACACCGUGGGAAUCGUUUCAGGCCUACAAAUUUUUGCUAACCUUGAGUGCAUCGCGGAAGCGGGCGAGGAUAAGUGUUUACAAAGGAGGUGAAGCUCUAUUUCGAACUCCCGAAUUGCAAACCACGUAUUAUCGAGGUGGAAGGAUUGGCAUGUUCAGUUUCAAUCAAUCGAACGUUGUUUGGACAGCGCUGGAGGUCAAAUGUCUCGGCAAAUAACUGAAAUAAUGUCACCAGAAAUGUGCCCGCUUUUAUUAUAUGCAAAAUGAAACUCGUAAGACAGGUAGUUGAGUUAGUCGUAAAGGGCGUAAAAUAAGUUUAAGCAAUAUUUUGAUGAAAUCAUGCAGUAUGUAAAAGAAUAUAUUAUUUGUGAAGUGGAUUGUACUAAAUUUGGAUUUGCAUGUAUGCAAAAAUGUAUAACUAUAAAUGUGAUAUCAGUUUAAACGACCCGAAUUUAUUAGCUAAUUGGUAUAUAGAACUAAUAGAAGUACUUUAUGAUGGAGAUUAUAGCAUGUAAACAGUAAUGUUAAUGAAAAUGUUAUAUUAUUCUGAGAAUGUAGAAUAUGUAUCCUAUAAUAUCGUCCACAAUAAAGUUGAACAACGAAAACAA